AUGAGCCUCCCGUCACCAGCCCCCCGUCACCAGCCUCCCGUCACCAGCCUCCCGUCACCAGCCCCCACCACCAGCCUCCCGUCACCAGCCACCCGUCACCAGCCCCCCGUCACCAGCCCCCCGUCACCAGCCCCCGUCACAAGCCUCCCGUCACCAGCCUCCGUCACAAGCCUCCCGUCACCAGCCUCCGUCACAAGCCCCCCGUCACCAGCCCCCCGUCACCAGCCCCCCGUCACCAGCCCCCCGUCACCAGCCUCCCGUCACCAGCCCCCACCACCAGCCUCCCGUCACCAGCCCCCGUCACAAGCCUCCUGCCACAAGCCUCCCGUCACCAGCCUCCCAAUACCAGCCUCCCGACACCAGCCUCCCGUCACCACCCUCCCACCACCAGACUCCCGACACCAGCCCCCGUCACCAGCCUCCCGUCACCAGCCUCCCGACACCAGCCCCCGUCACCAGCCUCCCGUCACCAGCCUUCCUUCACCAGCCCUCCGUCACCAGCCUCCCACUACCAGCCUCCCGACACCAGCCCCCGUUACCAACCUCCCGUCACAGCCUCCCUUCAUCAGCCCUGCGUCACCAGCCCUCCGUCACCAGCCUCCCGUCACCAGCCUCCCGACACCAGCCCCCGUCACCAGCCUCCCGUCACCAGCCUUCCUUCACCAGCCCUCCGUCACCAGCCUCCCACUACCAGCCUCCCGACACCAGCCCCCGUUACCAACCUCCCGUCACAGCCUCCCUUCAUCAGCCCUGCGUCACCAGCCCUCCGUCACCAGCCUCCCGUCACCAGCCUCCCGACACCAGCCCCCGUCACCAGCCUCCCGUCACCAGCCUUCCUUCACCAGCCCUCCGUCACCAGCCUCCCACUACCAGCCUCCCGACACCAGCCCCCGUUACCAACCUCCCGUCACAGCCUCCCUUCAUCAGCCCUGCGUCACCAGCCUCCAGUCACCAGCCUCCCUUCACCAGCCCUGCGUCACCAGCCUCCCGUCACCAGCCUCCCGUCACAGCCUCCCUUCAUCAGCCCCUAGUCACCAGCCUCCCGUCACCAGCCUCCCUUCACCAGCCUCCUGUCGUCAGCCUCCCGUCGCCAGCCACCCGUCAAUAGCCUCCCGUCACCAGCCACCGUCGCCAGCCUUCCGUCACUAG